CGGGUUCCCCCCUCCCUCGCCAGGGUGUGUACAACGGGAAGGGGAAGAAAACGAGAGGAAGAGGAGGAGUUUUGCUGUACCUGGCUCGUCAUUACUCCGGAGUAAACGCUGUGGGUUAAUGAUUGAUGUGUUCAUUGAGGUUUCGUGGCUGUGCGAUAAACAGUGAGGAACCGACAUUUGCGCUUCACAGGUGAGGAAACAGAGAGAGAUGUAGCUUGAGCAACAACUCCAAACCUGGGACAGCAAGGUGGCAAAGCUGGGGCCAGAAAGCUGCCAGUUCCCCAGCCUGACAUCCCUCAGCAGUCUUGAAAAAUGGCACCAGCAACUCCAAGAGGAGCAGGAGUAUGGAGACAAACCAGAGCUCUCUUGUUCAAGAACUGUCUUAUCAAGUGCAGGACUAAAAAAAGCAGUGUUCAGGAGGUCCUCUUCCCACUCUUCUUCUUGUUUUGGCUCAUCCUGAUGAGCAUGAUGCAUCCCCACAGGAAAUACGACGAGGUGGCUGACACCAGCCUGGGCACCCUGGAUACCUCCAUGCUGGUGAAUUUUAUCAUUGGCUACACUCCACCAACCCGAAUGGCACGAGAGAUCAUGAGGAAAGUGGCUUUUGACCACUUUGAAGAUGGCAUCAUCACAGAGGAGUAUUUAAGUGAAGAGGAGCUGCAAGAGGCUAGUGCUUUUAAACCCCCAAGCUUUGUGGGUGUAGUGUUCAACGAUGCCAUGUCCUACCAGCUGAGGUUUCCUGAUUCAGUUGCCAUGUCUUCCAUCUACACAGAAUCGAGAGCCAGUUGCUCCAACCUGAGGAAGGGCUGUGAGUCAGUGACAUACUGGAGCUCAGGGUUUGCAGCUCUGCAGGCCUGCAUUGAUGCUGCCAUCAUCCAGCUGAAGACCAAUCAAUCAGUUUGGGAACAGCUUGAAUUGACAAGAGCAAUGGUCAUGGGAGAGGCUGCCGUGGUGGAAAUAGAUAAUUUUCCUCGUGCCAUCAUUUUAAUUUACUUGGUGAUUGCUUUCUCCCCCUUUGGGUAUUACCUGGCAAUUCACAUUGUGGCAGAGAAGGAGAGGAAGCUGAAGGAAUUCUUAAAGAUCUUGGGACUUCAUGACACUGCCUUUUGGCUUUCCUGGGUGCUGCUCUACGUGAGCCUGAUUUUUGUCAUGUCCAUCCUUAUGGCAGUGAUUGCAACAGCAUCUUCCCUCUUUCCCCAGAGCAGCGCCUUUGUGAUAUUUCUCCUUUUUUUCCUGUAUGGAAUCUCUUCAGUUUUCUUUGCAUUUAUGCUCACUCCUCUGUUUAAAAAGUCAAAGCACGUGGGUAUAGUGGAGUUCUUGGCAACGCUGGCUUUUGGUUUUGUGGGCCUUAACAUUGUCCUCCUGGAAGAUUUCCCCAAGUCCUUUGUGUGGAUUCUCAGCCCUUUGUGCCAGUGCAGCUUCCUGAUCGGUGUGGCACAGGUCAUGCAUCUAGAAGAUUAUGAAGAUGGUGCAACAUUUGCAAAUCUAAAUCAUGGGCCUUACCCACUCUUCAUCUCUCUCAUCUUACUGGUGCUGGAUAGCAUAUUUUAUCUGCUGGUAGCUGUCUACCUUGAUCAAGUUAUCCCAGGGGAGUUUGGACUGCGCCGCACUCCGUUUUUCUUCAUGAAGCCCUCAUUUUGGUCAAAGCACAGAAAAAACUACAAGGAGCUGUAUGAGAGCAGCAUCAACGGCAGUUUGAGUUUCAGUGAGAUAGUUGAGCCUGUGCCAUCUGAAUUCCAGGGGAAAGAAGCCAUCAGAAUCAGCUGUGUUCAGAAAACGUUCAGGAAAAAGGGGGAAACUGUGGAGGCUCUCAGAAAUUUGUCCUUUGACAUCUAUGAAGGUCAGAUCACAGCUCUGCUGGGGCACAGUGGGACCGGGAAGACGACGCUGAUGAACAUCCUCUGUGGGCUGUGUCCCCCGACGGACGGGUUUGUCUCUGUUUAUGGGCACAGAGUGUCUGAAAUCGAUGAGAUGCUGGAGGUGCGACAGAUCACGGGGGUGUGCCCUCAGUCCGACAUACACUUCGAUAUAUUGACCGUGGAGGAGAAUCUCUCCAUAUUUGCUGCAAUUAAAGGAAUCCCUCAGAAUGAUUUGAUACAAGAGGUGCAGAAGGUGUUGCUGGAUUUGGAUAUGCAGCCAAUCAGAGACAACCAAGCUAAAAAACUAAGUGGAGGGCAGAAAAGGCGUCUGUCAGUGGGAGUUGCUGUUCUCGGGAACCCCAAGGUUUUGCUGCUGGAUGAGCCGACGGCAGGGAUGGAUCCGUGUUCGAGGCACAUUGUCUGGAACCUCCUGAAGAACAGAAAAGCCAAUCAUGUGACUGUUUUCAGUACCCACUUCAUGGAUGAGGCAGAUAUCCUGGCUGACCGUAAAGCUGUGAUUUCUCAAGGGAUGUUGAAAUGCCUGGGAUCAUCUCUCUUUCUCAAAAGCAAAUGGGGGAUUGGCUACCGCCUGAGUAUGCACAUCGAUGCCUAUUGCAACACAGAGGCUACAACCUCACUGAUAAGGCAGCACGUUCCUGCAGCCAGCCUGAUCCAGAAGAACGACGAGCAGCUCGUGUACACUCUGCCCCUCAGGGACAUGGACAAGUUUGCAGGCCUGUUUUCUGACCUGGACACUCACACCCAUUUGGGUGUUAUCACCUACGGCGUUUCCAUGACGACACUGGAGGAUGUCUAUCUGAAGCUGGAAGUUGAGGCAGAGAUUGAUCAAGCAGAUUAUAGUGUGUUCAAUUCCCAGCAAGUGCAGGAUGAAAUGGAUACGAAAUCACUCGAUGAUAUGGAGCAGAGCCUCCUGAUGCUCUCAGAGGCAAAAGCACCAGCAAUGAGCAACACAGCCCUCUGGAAGAAGCAGGUUUCCACCAUAGCAAAAGUUCAUUUGCUUAGUCUCAAGAGGGAAAAUAAAUGUGUGAGAGUUAUGUUGUUGCUUUUUCUGAUUUUUCUUGUAGUUCAGAUUUUGUUGUUUUUCAUACACCACAUCAUCAAAAAUUCUGUAGCUGCUAUCAAACUUUCCCCAGAUUUGUACUUGCUGAAGCCUGGAGAGGAAUAUCACAAGUACAGGAGUCGUCUCCUGCUGCAGAACUCCACAGAGUCGCAUAUUGAUGACAUUGUCCACUCUCUUGGGAGCAUGAACAUCCUCUUGGAGAUGUUCAAUGACAGUGAUUAUGUCUCAGCUGCACCUCACAGCGCAGGCUUGAACGUGUUUGACCUUCAGUCCAGACAGAACUAUGUUUUCACAGUGGUAUUCAACAGCACCAUGGUGCAUUCCCUGCCAGUUCUGAUGAACAUUGUCAGCAAUCUGCUGCUGCGCAGUCUGAACGUGACGGAGAGCAUUCAGAUCUGGAGCAACCCCUUCAUGCAGGAUCUUCCAGACACAAUUUUCAGACUGGAGAUCUAUUUUGAAGCUGUGUUGCUGGGGAUCAUUGUCACAGGAAUGCCACCCUAUUUUGGCAUGGAUAAUGCAGAAAACCAUAAGAUCAAAGCAUACACACAGCUGAAGAUAGCAGGACUCUAUCCCUCUGCUUAUUGGACUGGGCAGGCUGUGGUUGACCUCCCACUGUUUUUCUCCAUCCUGGUGCUGAUGAUAGGCAGCCUCUUUGCCUUCCACUAUGGAGUUUAUUUCUACGUGGGCAAGUUCCUCGCUGUGAUUUUCUGCCUGAUUGGUUAUGUCCCAUCAGUGGUGCUCUUCACUUACGUGGUCUCCUUCACCUUUAAAAAAGUCCAGAACACAAAAGAAUUCUGGUCAUUCAUCUUUUCAGUGACAGCCUUGCUCUGCACUGUUGUCACUGAAGUGGCUUUUUUUCUGGACUAUUACCUGGUAACCACCAUCCUGCAUUACGUCUUCUCCAUCUUCAUUCCUAUUUAUCCCCUCAUUGGCUGUCUGAUUUGUUUUAUAAAGGUCUCAUGGAAAGGCAAACGAAAGAGCCUUGGAUAUUACGACCCCUGGGACCGGCUCCUGGUAGCAGUCAUAGCUCCCUAUUUGCAGUGUGUCGUGUGGCUCUUCCUACUGCGGUGUUUCGAGCUGAAGAAUGGAGGGAGAACAAUUAGAGAGGAUCCAUUUUUCAGAAAAUGUUCUACAAAAGCCAAAAGCUGGAAGUUCCCAGAUGUCUCACGUGAUGAGAACGAAGAUGAAGAUGUGAAGGCAGAGAGGCUGCGUGUCCAAGAAAUACUGAGCAGCCCCAGAAGUGAGGAGGUGCCAGCAAUCCUGGUCAGCAGCUUACACAAAGAGUUUGAUGAAAGGAAGGAAUUUCUUCUGGGGAGGAAAAUCAAGAAAGUGGCAACAAAACACGUUUCCCUCUGUGUAAAAAAAGGAGAAAUCUUGGGUUUGCUGGGACCCAACGGGGCUGGGAAGAGCACAUUGAUGAGUAUGCUCGUUGGGGAGAUCGAGCCCACCAGCGGGCAGGUCCUGAUGGGAGAUUGUGCUUUUGGCCUGAACAGCGAAGAUGACUCGGUGAAGUUUGUGGGCUACUGUCCUCAGACAAAUCCCCUUUGGCCAGAUAUUACACUGCAGGAACACUUUGAAAUUUAUGGUGCUAUCAAAGGGAUGAGUCAGACUGAUGUUAAGGAAGUCAUAAAGCGCAUUGCAAGUGCCCUGGAUUUGAAAGACCACCUGCAGAAGACAACGAAGAAGCUGGGUGUGGGGCUGAAACGCAAGCUGUGCUUUGCCUUGAGCAUGCUGGGCAACCCACGGGUCACGCUCCUGGAUGAACCAUCAACAGGGAUGGAUCCAAAAGCCAAGCAGCACAUGUGGCGGGCAAUCCGAGCAGCAUUUAAAAACAAGGAGAGAGCAGCUAUCCUGACCACUCACUACAUGGAAGAAGCAGAUGCUGUCUGUGACCGUGUGGCCAUCCUGGUGUCUGGGCAGCUCAGAUGUAUAGGUACUGUCCAGCACUUGAAGAGUAAAUUUGGCAGAGGAUACUUCUUGGAAAUGAAAUUAAAUGAAGCAGCAGAUGUCCAGCAGGUGGAAUAUCUGCAGAGCCAGAUUUUGCACAUCUUCCCCAACGCCAAUCGUCAGGAAAGUUUUGCUUCUAUUUUGGCCUAUAAAGUUCCCAAAGAAGAUGUACAGUCGCUUUCACAUUCUUUUUCCAAGCUGGAAGAAGUAAAACACACCUUUAACAUCGAGGAGUACAGCUUUUCUCAGGCUACACUGGAGCAGGUGUUUGUGGAGCUUGCUAAGGAGCAGGAGGAGGAGGACAGCAGCUUUGGCACCCUGAACAGCACACUGUGGUGGGAGAGGACACAGGAAGACAGAGUGGUGUUCUGAGCUGCUUAACAGUUCACAUCUGCUCAGCAGCUCCUGUUUCAUGCUGAUGGUGAUCCUCUGAGCACAUGGGAGCUGGGAUGGACAUGGAAAGUCAUCCUUGGAAGCACUGAGUGUGUUACACCAUCCUGGCCUCAGGAACAAGGCUGCUGUAGCAGUGAACAUCCCCACUGCUACUCUGGCUGAGCUGAAGUUCCUUCUGCCCUCUUAUUUCCCAGUUUGCAUUGAAUGAGAAGAUGCUGCUGUGACAGUGGGUCAUCUCCUGGUGUUGGGUGCUGCCUUUCCUCCCUCAGCCCUGCUGCUCUGGCAUCAGGCUGCCCUGAGGUUGGAGUGUCCUCACUGGAAACCAUGCAUUUGAGCAAAACCAGUUGCUGUUGGAGCAUCCUGCCCUGCUCACUGUGUCCCAGGGUCGUGCUGUGCCCUGUGCCCUCAGUUGGGCAUAGCUGCCUGCCCAAUGAGGGGCCAUGCAGACAUGUGUCCCUGCAAGGUCCUGCUGAGUCCUCCCUGCUUCUGCUUAGAAGAUGCACCUUCUUAGAAAAAGAGGGGGAAAAACCACUCCAAAGUAACUGUAUUCACUGCAAAGAGGGUCCUGAAUCACACUGCAAGCUUAGCUUAGUGUCCAGCCAACACGAAAACGUUCAUGUACAGAUCUAACAGCACUUGUUGACACAUAUUCCCCUGGGCUGCAGGUUGGCAGGUGUGGUAGCUCCUGCUGCCCUUCUGGGUGGUGUUGGUGUUUGUAAUGCAUGCUCUGGGAGGUUAAUGGGAGGGUAUACAAGUGGAUGCUUUUCUUUUUCUCCCUGCCUGGUCAAAGUACAAAGACCAAACUGUGUAGUUCUGGGAUUUGCAGAGAUGUAUUUCUCAUCUUCAUGAAAAACAGUCUAAUUCUUUGGUUGGGUGUAACAGUGUGUAUCCUGCCAGCUGGUUUUAGAGACAGUCCUUUUGUAGAUGUUUUCAUUUUCCUGGACAGUGGAUUCCUAAGUACAUGCAAUGGUAUUUCCUAAUCCAUCCUUGUGAUAGCAGUAAGUCAUGCACUAGUGUCCUUAGCACAGCAAUGUGUGCUUUGUCCUGGCCUGGCAAUUUUCUCUUCACCUUCAUAAACCCAAAUGAAAAGGAUCCAGAUUCACAGCCUCAUCAGUAGGAAUGAUGCCUUUGGUUUGCACAGAAGCACGAAGAAGAGCAGGAUGUGUGAUCCUUAAUCCUAAGGUGUGACAGAUGUGUGUUGAAAAAGAUAUAUUUUGGGUUGUUUUUCUACCCAAAGCUAUCAGCACUGUUUUAGUUUUACCAGGUGAACUGGAGGAUUGCUUCACAGCUCACUGUGUUCUGCAGUGAACAGACGUAGAGAUGGGUUUAUAUCAGAACUUUGGCUUCAUAAGUCAUAGAGUUUGAAUAGUGUCACUUGGAAGUUAGGAAAGACCUUUGGUUUUUGUGUGAAAACUCAUAAAACUCUGGGCUGAGCUGGAGUUGUGUGUCCCAACUGUAACUAUCAGGCAAUAAUGUGUGUAAUGUGUCUGGUGAUGGUUUAUCACCACGUUGAGCCAAAAUCUCUUUUCAUUAGUUUUUCCUAUGGGGAGAUGUGAGCCCUCUGUGUACAACUUCAGUUUCCUCUUUCAUGUCUGUAGGUUGCAUAUAAACCUAGUAGUUACAACUGGAGCCCAAGAGCUGCAGAAACACUUGGACAUCUCAUUUGCUUCCACAGGGGAAGCUCCCUUCCCCUCAGGAGCACAGGCCUUGGAUCUGGCUGUACCCUGAGCCCUGCUACUUGCAUAAAGCCAGAUCUCCUGUGCUGGAAACAAACAGGUAAAGAACAGGAUUAAAGCACCAGCCUUUAAACUGUAGCUACAGUAGCUUUUCUAGGGCUGAAGCUUCCCAGUAAGAAAAGAAAAAUGACCCAAAUUUAACUCUUCUAUUUACACAGCCUUUUCUUUAGCCCCCUGGGAAGCCCCAGCAUUGCUCCCAGCUGCAUCCCUGCUGCUGCCUGAGCAUUCUCCUUCAUUUAGAGCAAAGGUGGGACCCAGAAUUCUGUCUCCCAAUACUUACCCAUGUAUGUACAUACAAGUUAGGGACAGCUUCUCCAAAUCCCAUGUUUCUUACUUCCAUCUGUCUUUGUAAAUGGUGUUUCAGCUGAGUGUCAUCUGCACAUCUCUCCAGCAGUGUACAGCAAGCUGUUUCCACAUGACCUUAUAGGAGUGCAGUGGUGACCUUUUAGCCUUCAUAUCUAGCUUUAUUCUUUAACUUAGAGACAGAAUGAAUAACCUGUGAAAUAGUCCUGUGCUCUCUGACAUCACUCUGUUUCAAAUGGCUUCUUCCUUUCUAACGUUUCCAAUGGAUCAGAUGAGAACCUCCAUCAGCAGUGAGUUUUGCUCAGUUUGGUACUGUCCUUGUUUCCCCAGCAGUAACCUGGUUGGUGUUGGCACUGUGUUGAUGCAGCUAUGAAGAAUUUGGCUCCUUACCUGUAUAUUUGGGUAGGAUCUUCAUGUGUCAGUGUGGUGUGAGAUACCACCAAAGCAUCACUGUAAUCACAGUGUGUUGUAUCAGGAGCCUUUCAAAGCAUCAUACCAGGUUUAGAAUUGACAGAAUAGUGGAAAACACCUGCAAAAUUGAACCAGGGAAUCCCCUGGAAAUGUGAGAGCUUUAUUCCUGCAGUUUUAAGUCCCUUUGUUCAGCUGUUAUCAAUGACAUGCCAAGUCCCAGCCAUAGGGUACACACACCUGGUUGGUUCACUGGGAGAUGAAACAGAGACGAGGCAUCUGGAUUGAAGCUGGCUGUGGGAUUUGGGGCAAACCCACUGUUCCCAGGUGUAGUGGUUUUAGUUACCUCACAGGGUUGUUGUGCAAAAUAGUCAGCUACUAUAUCCAAAACUUGGAAAGUGCAUUUACUUUGUGGUGUUAUUGUAAGGUUGUAUUUUCCUAUGGAGGAAUUUAAUGUGCCUGAUUUCCAUUGCCAAGAAAAACCCUUCUUUAAAAAGAUCUGUGUGUAGUGGGCAAAGUCUGUUGCAGAGCUGACAUCUAGUAGCAGAAACAGAAGGUUUGGGGUCUAAAGGUGAUGUGUUUGUAACACUCCUCAGGCACCUUGAGUCGUUUGCAGUUUCUUUUAUACACCUGUCUUUCUUUUUACCACUUUGCUGCAUUUGUAAAGUCAAGGGUUUUUUUUCCUUUUCCAGCAGAAAGUACUACCAAAAUAAAGAUGGAUUGGAUUGUUAA